CUAGUUACUAUUGGCUAGAGGAGGGGAUUUAUGCUAAGCAGGGGCGUGACCUCGAGAAGGUUCCAGAGCCCUCCGAAGCUCCCGGCUCGAAAACCACAUGGCACCCACACUCUACCACUAUCUGCCAGUGCCCAUGGAUAAGAAGGAGCAGGGACUGGGCAUCCGCCCGCGGUACCUGGUGGCCGCAGCCGUGGCGAUCGUAAUCCAGGUGAUCCUGGUCACCCUGCUCGUCUUGUACGCCGUCAAGGCGAGCAGCGAGGCCUGCAGGGACGGACUGCGGGCGCAGGAAGAGUGCCGCAACGCCACGCGCCAGCUGCAGCGGCAGCUCACCCGCUCCCAGGACAGCCUGGUUCAGGCAGAGGCGCAGGCGGGCACCUGCAACCGGACCGUGGUGACCAUUCAAGAUUCUCUGGAGAAGAAGGUGUCUCAGAUCCAGGAGCAGCAAACUCGGAUCCAGGAGCAGCAAACUCAGAUCCAGGAGCAUAAGACUCAGAUCCAGGAGCAACAGGCUCACAUCCAGGAGCAGCAGGCCCACAUCCAGGAGCUUGAGAGCCAAGUCAAGAAGCUGAACCAGGAGCUGAAGAAGCUGAGGACCGCACAGGAAGCUUCUAGCACACAGCAGAAGAACUCUGCCAGCUCCAUGGUGGUCUCCAGCCUCCUGGUGCUCGCAGUGCCCCUGUUCCUGCUCUUUUGAGUAGCUGGCAGGCCACAGCCUGUUUUGAUGCAGACGCAGUUGCACCUGUUGAGGUGACUGGUGGUCCUGGUGGCUCUGGAGGAGUCAUGGCCCCCGAGGAUGCAGAUGUCACUGAGUGGAACCUCCCUCCCCUCCUUACUGCUGGGGAGGGUGAGAGGAGCUUCUCCUUUUCUGCUUUCGUUGGGGAGGGGAGUCACUCAUUCUGAUGUCUUUGAGCUCUGAAAAAUUAAGUAAUUUGGAAAGAAACAGCUUGCUUCUAAGUUGCUAGUGUCACUGGGUCCCCUGCUUCUCACUAUUGGGGGCCACCCUGCAAGCUGGGGUGCAUGCAGAUUGCUAACCAUGUCUGUCCGCCCGCCCCCUCUGCAGCCGGGUCAGAGGGUAGAGAGUGGCCCCGGGAUCUUGGGUCUCUAACUCCUCACUUACUGGUGCUCUGAGGCCAGAACGUUGUGCUCCCGUCUCUCACAGAGAGUUCUGGGCAGGGGUUUGUAUUAGUCAGGUUCUCCAGAGCAGCAUAGACUAUAGAAGGAAAAUAGACGGGUAAGUGACAGAUAGACAGAUAGAUAGAGAGAUAGAUAGAGAGAGAGAUAGAGAGAGAGAUAGAGAGAUAGAUAGAGAGAGAGAUAGAGAGAUAGGUGACAGAUAGAGAGAGAUAGAGAGAUAGAGAGAGAGAUAGAUAGAGAGAUAGAGAGAUAGGUGACAGAUAGAGAGAGAGAUAGAGAGUUAGGUGAUAGAUAGGUGACAGAUAGAUAGAUAGGUAAUAAAGAGAUAUCUAGAUUAUACACAAAUAAGUGGUAAGUAGAUGGAUGACAGGUGGGUAACACAGAGAUAUAUAGAUAGAUGACAGAUAACAGAGAGAUGGAUGGAUGAGAGAUGGAUGGAUGAGAGAUGGAUGGAUGAGAGAUGGAUGGAUGAGAGAUGGAUGGAUGAGAGAUGGAUGGAUGAGAGAUGGAUGGAUGAAUGAGGCUCACAGGCUAUGGUCCAGCUAACCCAGCAAUGGCUAUCUGCCAACAGAAGACUUUCUUUCAUUUGUUUGAGAAUUUUUCUGCUUGUACAGACCAAACAGAAGCUCAUGCUUCUUUAUCUGUUUCAUGCCUGGAACACAAAGUAGCCACUGCCAAAGGUCCCUGUGCGCCAUGCCGUCAUGAAACCCCCUGCCUGUGCUGCCCAUUAGGUAACUACAAUAGCCUUGUGUUUGGUGGUUCAGUGAAGUCACCUGACCCCUGCUACCCCUGGGCCCAGUUAAACCCAUUGCGUUUAAUCCAGCCUUCCGAGCAGCAGCCUUCCGAGCAGCAGCCUUCCGAGCAGCAGUGUCUCUAAACCUAAGCCCUGGCACGUUUGGACAGCAAAGCUCUCCAAACUGCUGGUGCCCUCAGCACUGUGGGUCUCAGAGGACUGGUGAAGCUCAUGUCUUCUGGCCUUCCCAUUGUGGGGGAUUAGGUUGUACACACCCACUGGGGUACUGCAAGUUCCCUGAGCCUUGAAGUCCCUUCUUCAACACUAAGCCAACAGAUGUCAGGCACCCCCACUGCUCUUCAGCAGGUCAUCUUCCGACAGCUGCCCCAGCCAGCCAUUCAAGCAAACUUCAGACACCUGUUAACUGUGCACUCUUCCAUAUUAAGCCUAGAAUCUGUACUCAGAGGGUCCAUAUCGACAAACUCAGCCUGAUGCGAUUUUAUGUUCCUUCUGCUAUUAUCCCACACCCUUGACCCCAUUCCCACACGUGCCUUCUCCACACCUCUGCGUGAGUGAAUUAGUAAAGUCACUAAUCUCCUUUGUA